AUGGAGAGCCUUCCUUUACUUACCAUCUUUUGCACUUUGUUCAUUUCAUCUCUCCACAACUUGUCAUUGGCUGCUGAUACCAUAACUCCAGAUCUACCCAUCAAAGAUGGCCAGACUUUAAUCUCUUCAUCUCAAACUUUUGAGCUUGGUUUCUUCUCUCGUGGAACCUCAAAAAAUAGGUAUUUUGGAAUUUGGUACAAGAAGAGCCCGGAGACAGUUGUAUGGGUUGCCAACAGGAACAGCCCGCUCACUGAUCUUUUUGGAGUUAUAACAAUUGGCAACAAGGGAAAUCUUGUUCUUCUCAAUGAAACAAAGAAUGUUAUAUGGUCUUCAAAUGUAUCGAGAAUUAUAGCACGUCCAGUGGCACAGCUCUUGGAUUCUGGAAACCUUGUUCUCAGGGACAAUGGUAGUAGCAGAAACACUGAAAGCUAUCGAUGGCAGAGUUUUGACCACCCAUCAGAUACACUAUUACCAGGCAUGAAGCUAGGAUGGAACUUAAAGAGCGGUCAAGAAAGUUACUUAACUUCAUGGAGAAGCAUCAACGAUCCAUCCCCUGGAGAGUUUACUUAUAGACUUGACAUUCAUGGUUUACCUGAUCUGUUUAUUGCUUCGGGAUCAGUAAAGAAGGCCCGCACCGGACCCUGGAAUGGAGUUUUCUUUGGCGGCACUCCAAAUCUUCACAACUCAGUAUUUCAACCGAUUCUGGUUCAUAAUGAGGAUGAGAUGUAUUACAUGUACAGGCUUGUGAACAAUUCAGUUAGUACCAUACUCACCCUGGAUCAAUCAGGUUCGGUGGAACGUUUUGUGAUGUAUGAUCAGAACUCUGAAUGGACAAUGUUAUACUCAACACCUAUGGAUGUGUGUGAGAAUUACGGGCAAUGUGGUGCUAAUGCAAUUUGCAAAGCUAGGAAAUCAACUAUCUGUGAGUGUUUGCAAGGGUUUAGAUCCGCUACAGAAGGAGAUUUGGAUAUACAGAAUUUGUUCGGGUCUAGAAAAUGUGCGAGGAUAUCGACAUUAGAUUGCCAAAGAGAUGAGGGGUUCCUAAAGCUUCCAGGGAUAAAAUUGCCUGAUUUAUUAGAGUUUCGGUUGAUUGAGAGUAUGGAUCUGAAGGAAUGCGAGGCAGAGUGUUCCAAGAACUGUUCUUGCUCAGCUUUUGGUAAUUCAAAUUUAAGUGGAAGUGGGAGUGGCUGUUUGAUGUGGUUUGGGGACCUCGUGGACAUCAUACAGCUUCCAGGAAGAAUGAUGGGACAGGAUAUCCAUAUACGAGUACCGGUUUCAGAAUUAGCAUCAACGAGUAACUCCAAAAGGAAGAAAAGGUUAAAGAUUGCCCUAGCGGCUUCAGUGUCUACCUUGCUCGGCAGCUUUAUCUCAGGUUGGAAUCUUAAGGCAAGAGAAGUAUUUCUAGUCAGAUUACAAAUGGAUAUCUACCGAAAUACAAAGCAUUUUCUUACAGUAAGCAGCAACAGAGAAGUAGGAAGUCAUACAGCUUAA